UUCACGUCCUCGCUCGCUCCCUCUCCCUCCCUCUCUUCCUCUCCCCGCUCCAUAUGACUUUCUUCGACCUCUUUCCCCUCCUUAUUCCCCGUCUUGGGCGGUAUUCCCACCCCUGGUUUUGAUCGGCUUCGUUUUCUUGCCCUCUGUUCUGCGCCCUCUAGAUGAGCGCCCGCCCCCCCAAUUCCCUCGACUCGGCCGUUUGAUUGGUCAUAAGACACCGAACUUGAGACUCGCUGGAUUGCCUCCCCUCGCUCUGGCAGGGCAACGUCCUGAUUCCCAGUGUCGAUUCCGCCUCAAUAAUGCGAUUCCCACGCUUGAUCCUACUUGUUUUCUGUUUCAUCUUUUUCCCCAUCUUCGUCACCUUCUUCUCGGCUCUGACAUCAUCACCGAGCCUGGCUACUCCUAGUUCGUUCGCUGGCCGAGCGACUGGAUUACACGCUCUCUUCUCCUUCAACGUUCCCUCCUCCCUGUUCCCGCCCUCCGCCAUCAUCAGUCUCACCGAUGACAACUCCACCUUCUUCCUGGCCAGGCCUGCCGCGUUUGGCCCGUUGCUGCCCGAGAAGGGCCUCAGCGGUCAACUAUGGGUCGGCAGUGGUUUCGGUGAGAGGACCGCGGCGGGGGCCGAAGGCGAACUAGGCUGUUCGGAUAUCCCAGGGUGGGGCGAAGGCGAAACCCAUCACAAACAAGAUAAGACGAUGACGACGACCCCGGAUGGCCCGAUCGGGAAAUCGGUGCCUGCCGCGGGAACCGAACCCGCGACCUCGCAGGACUCUCCGCAAGACUCCGACCUCCAGCACGAUCCCCAUGACGAAGGCUCUCCGGCGACGAAUGACGGCACCGAUGAUCAUCUUCACCAUCCUCUGCCGGAGUCCCAUGUAGUGGACGCCGGCGCGCCUAGGCAGCACGGGGACAACCAUCAGACUCGACAAACCGCACAUGCCGACAUCCAGUCCCUGCAGGAGAGUGCGGAAAUCACCGGAAAGGUCGUUUUGCUGAGUAGGGGUGGAUGUGGCUUCUUGGAGAAGGUCAAAUGGGUGCAAAGGCGUGGCGGUAUCGCUUUGAUUGUGGGGGAUGACACUCGGGGUGGCAGUCUCGUGACCAUGUACGCGCGAGGAGAUACGUCGAAUGUGACCAUCUCGGCCUUGUUCACGUCACACACAACCGCCCAGUUGCUGUCAUCUUUGGUUCCUUCUCAGGCUGGAGAAGAUUUGGCUCUCGAGGACGGCUCUGGAACUUCCCGCACAAAGCUUACCGGCCAUAGCACUGACAAGCAGCGAUUACCAACCACUACCGCUACAACGGCUAUCACCUCGCCAACAUCCACUCCUUAUGCCGCACCCCAAGAGUCCCAAAGUCCUGCGGUACACCAAGCAGGUGCCUUCCACCGCCUAUUAUCUUUGUUUGGUCUCGGCAGCACUCACCACGCUGGCAGCGUAUCUGAGGAUAGCCGACGUCCACCUAGUAGCGGAAACAUUAACUGGAUUCUGCUGGACGACUUUGACGAUCAGGAGACACCCCAGGAUGAUGACCAUGGCCAUAGUCAAUCGAGUGUCGCCGAUGACCGUAAAAGAUCCGAGAUGGGCUCCGACGCUGGUGAUGGCGACGGGUUUGUCAUAGGCGUGCAGGACUGGCGAGACCCCGAUCUGAUGGCGCCGCGGAGCAGUUCUAUCCCGUCACCAAGCAGCAUCCCGGAGCCGGAACGCACGAAACUGCAGAGUGCUGGUGAUAGAGGCCCCCGAUCCGUGGCGGCUACUCUCAAAGGCGGUAGCAUCACGCCGGGAAGUGGCGAGUACCGUACCUUCGAACGGUCAACCGUUGACAAGGACAAGUAUGUCCCGGAGGACCAGAUAUCGGGCGCUGGUAAGAACGGGAAAUUCGUGCAGAGCAGGGGCUGGUUCGCGAGACACUUUCCUUGGGCGAAGGAGAAGGAGCAGGACUCCCGUCGAUCUUCGACACAUGACAACCGUGAAGGCCGAAAAGUGCGCGAGCGUGAUUCCGGGGUUUCUUCGGAUCACCAGGGCGUAAUCCCCCUGGAGCACGAGGGUCUGUGGAUUACAUUAACGCCGACAAGCAUGUCUACAAGCCCAUUUUUCGAUACGCUGCUCGUUCUUGUCGUCAGUCCGUUGCUGACGUUGACGAUUGUCUACGCCCUUCUUUUGCUGCGGUCUCGUAUUCGACGAAGACGUUGGAGAGCACCUAAGUCUCUUGUCGAUCGACUUCCGGUGAGAACCUACCACACCAUUAGCACGUCUUCUUCAACGGCCAGCUCCCCUCGAUCUUCCAGUCCCGGUCCCGUAUCCCCGACUUCCCCCCUAUUGGGCACCAAGGCUCGCUCGGAAAGCGCAAGGCCGAGGCCUCAGUCACAACGACUGUCGGGUACGUUUUCGGACACGAACACAUCGAACACGGAAUCCACUCGCAAAGAAAACCAGGGCACCUCGUCUACCUUGUGGCGCCGCAAGUACACUGGACGACAGGUCGAAUGUGUUGUCUGUCUUGAGGAGUACGUCGAUGGACAAAGUAGGGUGAUGAGCCUGCCCUGCGGGCAUGAAUUCCAUGCCGAGUGCAUUACCCCCUGGCUCACGACUCGUCGGCGAACAUGCCCCAUCUGCAAAGGUGACGUUGUUCGGUCUAUGUCUCAGAACAAAGGGACCGAGCAGGCGGACGAGCACGAUCACCACGAACUAGGAUCCCACCCUGGUGCUUCAUCCGCCCCCGUUCUGAUUUCUGCGAUCAGUGAAGAUGAAAUGUCGGACCCCGAGCGCCACGCCGGGUCAGAGGCCGGGCUUGUCGAAGAACACGCUUCGUCGGCGCCCCCACCUGGCUGGAGAAAUUAUGCUGCACUGAGUUUUUCCGCCCUCAGUGGCGACACGAUCUGGCAUCCCAGCCGGACUGACAAUGAUAGAUAAAACUUUCCUUUCUCAUCGAAUGUGUCUCCUCUGUUUUGUUUGUUUUAUGUUAUCUUUCUUAUACCGUCGCUUUCAGGGCAUGGUUUUUUAUGUUGCUUCCGGACCUGUGCUUUGAUUUGAAAUGGCCUGCAUUAGCGAACUUUUUGAAGACAUCAACAUCUCGAAUUUGGCUGGCGUUAGGUAGGGAUGCGGGAGUGCAGGCGCAGGGCAACCAGAGCAGUGAAUUGGCUAUGCGAGGGUGGAGUCAAUAGGCUCCGUGAUCAUUUCGAAUUGCUGUCGAUCUAGCGAGCGCUCAUGAUGCCCAUCACUUUGACUUUGACUCAUUUGCUUUACUUCGUUCUAUAUCUAUCUACCUGGAAGAUGCUGUAUAUUAAAACCCACCACUGCCGAAUGGAAGCACGGCCAGCACGUGUAGUGACGUCAUCGUGCAUGGGCCUUAUCGAG